UUGAGGGUGUGCUGAUACGAGAUUGAAUAGUGUAGUUGAGCAUAAUUGUUUUGUUUUUUUAAUGACUUCCUCAUGGUGUGUGUGUGAGUCCCAUUUCAUCAUCACCUGAGGUUUUCAGAACACUACUGGAGGGACCACCAACAGCUCAGAUUGCCCUGCACCAUGAAACUAACUGGAGUUCUGCUGCUCUGUUGCUGCUGUAUGCUAUUAAUACAGAACUGUGAAGCCCAAGUUUCAUUUUCCCCAGAUGAAACAGCUCCGACGCCCUUAGCCAGUAACUGCACGUGUGAACUUGGCCAUGGAAAAUGUGCUGAAAAUGGUGACUGCAGGUGUGAUCCGGGGUGGGGUGGACCACGCUGUGACGACUGUGUGCAGAUGCCCGGGUGUCUCCACGGCACCUGUCAUCAGCCCUGGCAGUGCACCUGCAUGGAUGGCUGGGCAGGGCGAUUCUGCGACAAAGACAUUUACGUGUGCUCCAGAGAGCAGCCAUGUCAGAAUGGUGCUACUUGCGUCUUGAAUGAGUCAGGGGAAUAUAACUGCUUGUGUCCUGAAGGCUUUCAUGGACGGGACUGUGAACUGAAAACAGGGCCUUGCCAAAAGACCAAAUCCCCAUGCAAGCACGGUGGUCUUUGUGAGGAUCUGGGUGGUUACGCUCCAGAAUUGUCUUGUCGAUGCCUGGCUGGCUUCACGGGACCUCGCUGUGAGACCAACAUGGAUGAUUGCCUAAUGCGUCCCUGUGCCAAUGGUGCCACCUGUCUGGAUGGUGUGAACCGUUUUUCUUGCCUGUGUCCUGCUGGAUUCACCGGCCGUUUCUGCACCAUCAACCAGGAUGACUGUGCCAGCCAGCCCUGCCUCAAUGGAGGACGCUGUGUAGAUCGAGUCACAACCUUCCAAUGCUUUUGCCCUCCAGGUUACACUGGAAGGACUUGCGAGAUUCCCCUCUGGGAGAUGGGAUCUCCAGCGGUGUCUCCAAAUAGGGACGGGUCUAGAAGGGGUGGGCAAGACAGUGUUACCCAGAGUAAGUCUCCUCCAGGGAAUGACUCUCGAGGGACAACCGCUAGUGGCGAUGAGAGACGCUUCUUAAAAAUUUCAGUGAAGGAGGUGGUGACUCAACAGGGUGCUGCUGGACUGUCAGAUUUGCAGCUCAUCAUCCUGCUGGUAUUAGGGGGCAUGACUUUGGCUGUGGUGGCACUAACAGCUGGUCUGGUGCUACGUGGACAUUGCCAGGACAGAUCUGCUCGCUGCCAGUGUAGACCACCCCCCACACACCAUUACCCAUUCCACCGAUGUCGCACACAGAUGCAGCACUCGGUUCCUGCUCAACAGGAAUGCAAGAUCAGUUUUUUCGAAACUCCAGCUCCAUCAGAGCUUGAAAAGAAGAGGCUAAACAUGGACAUCAUUUAGGGUGUUGUCACUCUUGAUUCGACUACGUAGUCUGAACACCUGAGUUUGAUUCCUCCCUCUUCCUCUGCCCGCUCUGGUCUCUUUUCAUAUUGUACUUUGGGGUCCGAACCGCAGUAUGAUUGUGUCAUCAAUGUGAAUACUAGCAACAGCAGUUUAUCACUGUUGCUAGGUAAUGACAGAAGGAGAAGACACUAGCUUCACUGUUCUAUUUACAUUUGUGUCCUUUUGGAUUUACCUCCAAAACAUUACAUGCACGGAACAGCACUUCCUUUUGUAUGUAACGGAUGCACUGAGAGAGAUGCGAAGAAUGCCAGUUGCGCCAUGAGGGCAUUUUAAUCAAAGACAAGCAGCUAUGAGAAUUGCAGUGUGAGCGGGAGCAUGCAAAAAUGCAAAUUACACAUCAUUAAUAGCAAUUCACUUCUGCAAUUUAGGAAGCCGCAAACCGAUACAGAGUUCAGAUGAACCAGACCACCUUUUCAAGUGCUGUUCACUGGUGCGCACCCAAGUUCGGAAGACUUUCACAUCAAAUUAUCGAACCGAACUCUGACGCCAAAUGGAUUGGGUUGUGCACCAAAAGUGCUAGAGUGAAAGGACACUGAAACCCCUUCCACUUGACUUGUGUCAAAGCUGUGAUGCACUGCUCAACACCAGCAUCAAGUGCUGCUACGACCUACAAAUAAGAUUGCGCAAUUAUGUUUGAUGAAGUAAAAAGGCCACUUUUCACCUCGAUGACCAGUUGCAUAAGCGGACACUCGAAAGCUAUACACAGUACAGAUGAACGAGAUAGUUGGUUUUUGGACACUGAUGGUGAUAAUCCAGAAGGAUUACACUAAACAAAAGAACCAAACUAUUUUUAUUAAAUCGGAGAUGCCACAAAUGAGGCACAGACUGCUUUGGGAACAUUAAGUCAGUUAAAGUCAACAUAAAACAUAAGUUUACCCUAUUUAUUGUAUGAAAAGAAAAAAAAACGUCUGUCUUCUUUAAUGUGCCAGCCGAGCAACUGUUUUUGAGAUGAACGGGAAUGCUAACAGAUAGCUUUCUCCAGGCUUAUUAAAACUCCUCGAUAAAGAUCGGUUUUCAUGAUACAGUCAAUUCCUGAUAGAUAAAAUCAAGUCCCGUCUUACCUUUUCUAUUUAAAUCUCUUGUGUAACUCUGAAAUAUUACAUAAGUAAAAUUUCAAGUUGACUUUACUGUAAACACUACUUGGGAACUAUUUGUUGAUAUGAGGUCACUCUGUACUCAAAGAGUAUUUAGCACUACAUGGGCUGCAUGUAAAAUAAUGAAAAAGCACUCACACACAAACACAAUGCGUUAAACAAAUCAGGACUUUAUGUACUGUAUGUAUAUAGUAUAAUCAAGUCACAUUACUAGAGAAGCUCUUCAAUUUAAUUCCAGAUGUACUAAUCUAACGAUUUGCCAAAAGCAUUUCAUUUGUUGGAGUUGUCACAGUGUUCAAAUGAUAAAAUAUUUAAAUGUUACUGAGUAUAUGCCAAGUUAGUUUAUUUUAUUUUUUUAGUAUAUACUGUUUUAUGACAUACUUUUAAAAAAAAUGUAUCGGUCCCAUUACCUUUGUUGUGAUGCUUGUUCAAGCAUAGAUAGCAAUAUCAAUAAUUUUAUGGGAAUGAUUUGUGAUACAUAAUUAUACAUAAACAUCAGUAUUUGUAAGAGUAAAUAUAAUUUAUUUAUGUAAUUUAUUGGUAAAAUGUAUAUUUGUUUUUUAUGUGUAUUUUUUAUACAGCAAUGUGUAUUCAAGUGUGUAUUAAAGAUUUAAACUGUGGAAUAGUGAAGCUCAAGUUCAUCAACUACAAAAAUGUUUUCUU